CGGCUCCCUCCCGCUCCCGCCCACGUCAGAGGCUCCGCCCCCCACGUGACUCCGAUGCCGCUCAGGAUUGGCCGCAGUCACAGUUGCCCGGGUGACGGCAGAGCGGCCUGGCCGGCUCGGAGCGCCCCGUGAUCCGCGGCUCCCGGCGUCCCGACGUUCCCAGCGCGUUCCCGACCAUUGCGGGCCAGGUGCAGGGACUGCUUCAUUUUUGUCUUUUUGUCCUGGGCCAGCGCCCGGCCCGAAGGGAUCUCCAGCCUCGGCCUCCUCCCAGCUUCCCUUCCUCCUCAUCUCAAAAUAAUCAGGUAUUUCUGUUAUGAGAGCAUCAGUGGGUGUUCAGAAUGGGAGAUAUCCUGGCUUCGGAAGCUGAGUUGCUCGGAUUGGUGAAAGAGUAUUUAGACUUUGCUCAGUUUGAAGACACGGUGAAGACAUUUUUAAAGGAGUGCAGAAGUAAAGGGAAGCCACUGUGCAAAACCCCGGCCGGCGCUCUGAGGGACUCGAAAACGCUGAUCAUCCAGAAAGAUCUCCUCACUGCGUUUGAUAAUGGGGACCAGAAGGUCUUCUUUGGCUUGUGGGAGGAGCACAUCCCCAGCUCCGUGCGUGAAGGAGACACUCUGGCCCAGAAGCUGGAAUUCUACCUCCACAUCCACUGCGCCAUCUUCCCCCUGAAGUGCGCCUCUGGAAAGCCUGUAGGUUCGGAGGACAAAGCCGAGUUUGAUGACAGGAUUUCUUACUUCAAAGCCUACCUGGAGACCAAAGGAGCAGCCCUGAGCCAGACCACAGAGUUUCUUCCAUUCUAUGCCCUUCCCUUCGUUCCUAACCCCACAGUGCAUCCUUCCUUUAAGGAACUCUUCCAGGAUUCCUGGGCUCCAGAGUUAAAGAUGAAGUUGGAAACGUUCCUGUCAUCGACUCUCAAAGCCAGUAACACGCCCAGGCUCUUCACUCUCUAUAAGGAGAGUGGGCAGAGCAACAAAGAGAUGCUGCAGCAGCUGCACCAGCAGCUGGUGGAGGCCGAACGCAGGACCAUGACCUACCUCAAGCGCUACAACAAAAUCCAGGCCGACUACCACAACCUCAUUGGCGUCACGGCCGAGCUGGUGGAUUCUCUGGAGGCCACCGUCAACGGCAAGAUGAUCACGCCAGAGUACCUGCAGAGCGUCUGUGUCCGGCUCUUCAGCAACCAGAUGAGGCAAAGCUUAGCCCACAGCAUUGACUUCACAAGACCAGGAACGGCGUCCACCAUGUUGCGAGCUUCCUUGGCACCUGUGAAGCUGAAGGAAGUCCCCCUGUUGCCGUCUCUGGACUACGAGAAGCUGAAAAAGGACCUGACCUUUGGCCACGACCGGCUGAAGGCCUUCCUGCUGCAGGCGCUGCGCUGGCGCCUGACCACGUCCCACCCUGGAGAGCAGCGGGAGACGGUGCUGCAGGCCUACAUCAGCAACGACCUGCUGGAGUGCCAGAGCAACAGCCAGAGAGGCGUGCUCCAGCUCCUGCACUCCAAGAGCGACGUGGUCCGGCAGUACACGGCGCGGCUCAUCAACGCCUUCGCCUCCCUCGCCGAAGGUCGCCUCUACCUGUCCCAGAACACCAAGCUGCUGAGGAUGCUGGAGGAGAGGCUGAAGGCCGAGGACAAGGACCUGCUCACCCGGGAGAACGUGCUCGGGGCCCUGCAGAAAUUCAGCCUCAGGCGCGCGCUGCAGUCCACCAUGAUCCAGGACGGCCUCAUCUUCUGGCUCAUCGAGGUGCUCAAGGAUCCCGACUGCCUGUCCGACUACACGCUCGAGUACUCCGUCGCCCUGCUCAUGAACCUCUGCCUCCGCAGUGCAGGAAAGAACAUGUGCGCUAAGGUGGCCGGCCUCGUGCUCAAAGUGCUCUCGGAUCUGCUCGGCCACGAGAAUCGCGAGAUCCAGCCCUACGUGAAUGGCGCCUUGUACAGCAUUCUGUCCAUCCCGUCGAUUCGGGAGGAGGCGAGAGCCAUGGGAAUGGAAGAAAUCCUUCGCUGUUUCAUCAAGGAAGGCAACGCCGAAAUGAUUCGCCAGAUCGAAUUUAUUAUCAAGCAGCUUAAUUCAGAAGAUCCACCGGACACGAUUCUCGAGUCUGAUGAUGAAGAGGAGGAAGAUGACGAAGAGGACCACGACACUAUGGAGUCGGACUUGGACAAGGAUGAGGUGAUUCAGCCCCAGCUCGGGGAGCUCUCGGGGGAGAAGCUGCUGACCUCGGAGUACCUGGGGAUCAUGACCAACUCGGGCAAGACCAAGCGGCGAGCGCCCCCCGGCGGCGUCCAGCAGAGCGUCGACGAGCCCCUGCAGAGGCCGGUGACCCCCGGCUGCCACAAGAGCGCGCACCCCACGCUGGAAAAUGAUUUCCUUUCUCCCUGUGCAGCGCGUCCCGUCCACGGCAGCCUGCUCCGGGCCCCGCCGGGCCCCCGGCCCCCCACCCGCAGCGGGACCAGGUCCAGCUCCGGGGGCUUCUGCCCCUCGUCCGCACCCUUCAGCCUGGAGCCCCACAAGCUGUUUGCGGCGGUCCCGCGGGAGGCCCAGCACGUCCUUUCGGCUGAGGAGCCCAGAGCGGCCCUGGAGCCGGCCCGAGGCCACGCGGACAGACAGUCCAGCAGAGAAUUCACCGCGGCCUUCGCCAGCAAACCCCGGAUCCCCCGCACCCCCGACCUGCAAGGACUGAGCCCUCGAAAGACCAAGACCCCCGCCAUCGCCCCCCAGUUUUCGCACUCGGGGCCCCAGCAAACCAGCCGCCCCAGCUCCACGGGCUCCUCCAUGAGAAGCAGGCAGAGCAGCCUGUCCUACAGGAAGUGAGGACGGAUCCUGUCCUCGGCGUCCAUCAGUGAGCACAAGGUCGGGGAGAGCAGACAGGCGGCGGCUGGCGCUGCCCGGAGCGCGCCGGGGGCUUCCUGGGGACUCGGUGCCAGGGGCCGCCCAGCACACAAUAGAGUCCCGGGGGCUCCUGGGACAGCCACAGCCCAGAGCACUGAGCGGGUGCUCCGCCUCAACCCCCCCUGAAGACCACGAGGUUCUCCCCAAGACCCCAGCCUGACCCGGAAAGAUUUCUCUCACUUUUGGGGUGGGCCGGGAGGGCGCAAGGCAGAGAAAAGGGAGCUGGAAAUAAAGUGAUCCUGACAGCGGGA